CGAAAUUAAGACACCAAGGCCACCUAAAAACACAAAACACUACAAAAUGGAGACCAUAGACCCCGCGACGGGUCGGCCCCUCCCUCCCGACGCCAUCGUCCGCAUUCUCCACGUGACGCCCAAAGUACACAUCUACACCCUCCCGCGGGACGCCGUCUCCACAGCCGCAGGCUACGCCGCCGCCUCCUGGACCUCAGACCCGCGCAACCACAUCUUCACCGCCCGCCUGCGCGUCCUUGAGACCUCCAUCCCCGUCCCCACCUCCUCCUCCGAAUCAACAACAACAACAGCAGCCUUCACCAUCACAACCCCGACCCAACAAGACCCCCCAGCAGAAGAGAAACCCGAACAAGAGGAAGAAGAACGAACCGAGCUCAAGAUAGACAUCCUCCUCGAAGACCCCACCACAGGCACGCUCUUCGCCGCGGCGCCCUACACCGCCCCGGCCACGGUCGAGCCGACGACGGACAGCUCCCGCUUCUUUGCGGUCCGCGUGCAGGACCCGACGGGAAAGCAAAAGGCCACGUUGGGGAUAGGCUUUGAAGAGCGGAGCGAGGCAUUUGAUUUUGGCGUUGCGCUGCAAGAGGCGAGAAGGGCGCUUAGCUGGGAGUCCGCCGCCGCCGCCGCGGUAGGGCCAAGAUGUGACGGUGAUGGUGCGAGGAACAACCAGGGGAGGAAGAAGGGUGGUUGUUGUGGGGAGGAUGGGGAGGAGGAGGAGAAGAGGGAUUUGAGCUUGAAGGAAGGGGAGACGAUCACGGUGAAUCUGAGCGGGACCCGGUUUGGGCGGCGGGCGGGUAGGGCUGCGGCGACGGUGAGUCGGCCUGAAACGGAGAGAGGCGGCGGCGGAGGAGCAGGUGGAGGACAGGGGCAGAGCCUGGCUUCGUUUGCGCUGCCGCCGCCACCACCGCCGCCGAGUUCGAGUUCAAGGGCGCAGAAGAGGUUGAGCGCGCAGCAGCUGGGGUUUGAUGAUGGGAAGUUUGGCGAGUUUGCUUGAACCCGGGGUUGCUGUGUUUGUUUCUCAGCCGGGUUCAGCAGGUCCUACGGUCACAUAUGUCAUGGCGGCCAAUGUGUCUGUCUACCCCCAAGGACUCGGACUCGGGCUGGAGAUGGUUGUAGCGAUUGUUUUAAAGAGCACUUCCAGCCUGAUUGAAUAGACACUUCACCGUACAUACACCCUUGAGGAUUUUGCGCUGUUUCCCUCCAAGGAAGC